GUGAAAAUAUUGGCAAGAAAUAAAAUCGUUUCAGCAAGAAGGCUUAGAAGAAAAGGGAAAAAAAAAAUGUCAACAGAAAUAAAAUCUUCAUUAAUCUCAACAUCACCAGAUGAAAAUAAUCUGUUUUUCGACGUACUACAUGAAGUACCUCUAUCCGGUCAUAGGAAGCCUAUGAGUCUUAUUGGGAGUAUUUUCUACUGUUUCUUAUUGGCAAGCUUUGCUAUUUUGGCUGUCAGAGCUAGAUGGAUAUUUCACCCUAUGCAACGAUUAGUGUUCCCACUUCUUUCCAGUUGUAACCUUGGCCUCCUUGUUGUCACAGGUGGCUAUGAAGUCACAUUUUCUGCCUUUUUCCUAUGCUUUCAGCAAAUCAUAAGAUCAAAUUCUCCUUCUUUUUAUCGUAUUUUUCAAACAUGUGAUUUCUCUCUAUGGUUCUAUGCCUUAAACAAAGGUGUUUGA